AUGAAUUUACCCGAUAAUGAGUUCAAUGCAUACAUUGGUGUCCCUGAUGAGGAUAUAUCAGAUGUUGGGGACGAAGAUAAGGAUGAAACUGUCGAAACUGAUGAAAGUUCUCAACCUAUUUCCGAAGCAGCUGUCUUGAAUUUCAUUCAGUUGGUGGUAAAGGAGGAUGGAGCUGAAAUUUCGGCAAUUAGAGAAGAGCAAGAGACAGAAUAUGAUUUUCCAAAGGCUGAUGCAGUCAGGAGUGGUGAAGUUAUUGAUUCUCAGCCAAAACCAGGUGUAAGCGACAACAAUACAAAUGAAGGAGCACCAUCCACACGUGAGCAGCAGCAGCAGCAGCAGCAGCAAGUGAAACAUAGAUGUAAGCGUAGUGAUUAUAAAUUUAGAAAAACUGAUUUUGUGGUACAAGACACAGAAUGGAAAGGAUCACUUCCACCACCACCAGUAGAGGAAAUGACACAUUUGCAUUAUUAUAAAAUAUUUAUGAAUGAUGACGUAUUUGAACUCAUUGCUGAACAGUCCAAUAUCUAUGCUUUGCAAAAAGAUUCAGUUUCUUUGCAGCCGAGCAAAAAUGAAAUGGAGCAGUUUGUUGGUAUUUUACUGCACAUGGGCAUAAUCAAAAUGCCUUCCAUUCAUUUAUACUGGUCGAAUGAGUGUAGGUAUUCACCAAUAGCUGAUGUGAUGAGCAGAACUCGCUUCUUCCAGCUACUGCGGUAUUUUCAUGUUGUCAAUAAUCAAGACUUGCCUGAAGCUAAUAGUAAUAGUGACAAACUCUUCAAGAUUCGCCCACUUUUAUCUGCAUUGCAGUCAUCAUUGAAGACACUCCCUCCAGAAGAAUACCAAGCUGUUGAUGAACAGAUAAUACCAUUCAAGGGUAGAAGCGGUUUGAAACAGUUCGUAAGAAAUAAGCCUCACAAGUGGGGCUACAAAUACACUCCUGGAAAUUGA